GAGGAACUAGUCCGGCGACGCCUGCGUCCGGCGCAUUUGGGGGAGGGAGUAGGGAAAUGAAGGACUACAGGAGUGGUCACACCCGGAAGAGGAGAACAGGAAGUGGGGUUGGACAGGUUAUACCCUGGGGUGGGGAAGCCUAGGCCCCGGAGGAGGGGGGGCCGAAAGAAAGCGGAGGGUACUGGCUACUCCUCCGAGUGCGAUACCCGUUCGCUGAGAUCUCAGACACACAGAAAAAGGGCAGGGUGUCUCAUCCUCCUUCAUCCCCUCCACCCGCUGCUCCUCUGCCUUAGCCAUGGCCGAGGCAGGGGCUGGGUUGAGUGAGACCGUCACCGAGACAACGGUUACCGUGACAACUGAGCCCGAGAACCGGAGCCUCACCAUCAAACUUCGGAAACGGAAGCCAGAGAAAAAGGUGGAAUGGACCAGUGACACCGUGGACAAUGAGCACAUGGGCCGCCGCUCAUCCAAAUGCUGCUGUAUUUAUGAGAAACCUCGGGCCUUUGGUGAAAGCUCCACAGAGAGUGAUGAGGAGGACGAGGAAGGCUGUGGUCAUGCACACUGUGUCCGGGGCCACCGCAAAGGACGAAGUCGUACAUCCCAGGACCAGACCCCCAACACCCCUCCCCAGCCACCGGACCCCUCCCAGCCCCCUCCAGGGCCAAUGCAGCACUAAAUUCCUCUCUCCCCUUCCAUUCUGGUGUCUGUCUGGCCCUGAGUGUAUCCAUGUGGCUACUUGGGGGCUAGACCCAUGGUUUAAUCCCUUCUCUAGGCCCCUUCUUCCCCUGUCCUCUGCCUGCUAGAGAGAAGGAGAGGAGAGGGGCCAGAGCUCCUGGAAUUCCGACGCUGCUUUCUCAGAACUCAGGUUUCUGGAUUCCUCUGACCCUCAUGUCCUUCCUGAGACCCAGCCCCUCCCCUGGAAGGGUCCUGGCCUGAUCCUUCUCCUUUGUUCUCACUGCCAAAGGACCCAAUCAGCCCUGGGAUCAGUUAGCUCAGCCCCCUGCACGUGCUACUUGAGCCCCAAACACUUAUAUUGGGUUUCAACAGCCCCAACUUCCACUGCUAGGGUUCCGGUCAGAUUCCCAGCAGCCUGGUCCUAGUUAUGCUCACAGGUCCUGGUGUAGAAGUUCUUCCAUUAACUAUGUAUGCAAUCCUGACUCCUAGUCCUGUGAGGUCUCGGGAGCCCUGCCCCCACCCCUCUCACUCCCUCAGGCUAUUUAGAGGCAUGAGAGAGCCCUUUGCCAGGCUUGCCUCCGAUGGAAAACCUGAACAAGAAAUAGGGUGCCCUCUGUGCCCCUUCUCAGCAGGUCUGGGAUUCCUGGGGAAGCUAGCUCCCUGACUGGUUGUGCAAAGCCCACUGUCUCCUCAGCCUUUGGUGUGCCAGUGUCUCAGCUGGAUGAGACCUAAUCCCAGAAGGCUGGAUUCUUAGGGGAGCAAUAGGAAGGGAGCAGGUAGAGAGAUUGGGAUGCGCCCCUCACACCCUUUCUUCUUCCAUAUGGGGUCUGGGUAUCACUUCCCAAGCACGGUUUCAAAGAUCAAUCAAACCCAUACCACCACUGAUAAUAGCAUUUAUUUCCUCUCGCCACAGAUGCACAAAAUAAAUAACCCAACAUCACAAAACGUGUUAAA